GAUAUUGUUAUCUCUGUAAGGAGGAAGGAGCUCAAGACAAGACAUAAAGCGGACAGAGGACGGAAAGGCGGAACCCUAAACCCCUGCGACCACCUCGGAUCAUGUCUGUCGGAUCACAGGAUCCCAAUUGAUCUCCAAGCGUGUAGGAAGCGACUGGGCCGUUCCGAUCGAUCGCUGCCAUGACGCGGCGGUGCUCCCAUUGCAGCCACAACGGGCACAACUCCCGGACCUGCCCGAACCGCGGGGUGAAGCUGUUCGGUGUCCGGCUGACUGAUGGGUUGAUCCGGAAGAGCGCCAGUAUGGGCAACCUCAAUCACUACUCUGGGUCUGGCUCCGGUGCCCACCCCAACAACCCGGCCUCCCCUGGGGAGACCACGCCGGAUCACGGCGCCGCUGCCGAUGGCUACGCCUCGGAGGACUUCGUCCCCGGUACUUCAUCGUCUAGCUGCCGCGAGAGGAAGAAAGGUGUUCCUUGGACUGAAGAGGAGCACAGGAUGUUUCUACUGGGCUUGCAGAAGCUCGGGAAAGGUGAUUGGCGGGGGAUUUCCCGGAAUUAUGUUAUAUCGAGGACCCCUACCCAAGUAGCAAGCCAUGCCCAGAAAUAUUUUAUCAGGCAAUCUUGUGUCUCAAGGAGGAAACGCCGUUCGAGUCUGUUUGAUAUCGUAGCAGAUGAAGGCGGUGAUGUGCCAAUGGAAUCACAAGAUUUCUUUCCGAUAGACCACUCAAAGCCUGAAGCCGAAAGCAACGACCAGUUGCCUGGUCCACCACCUCUCCCUCCUCCUCCUCCACUGGAAGAAGAAUGCGAGUCCAUGGAGUCCACAAACUCGAAUGAGGGAGGAGACACUGCUGCUCCAGUUCCAAAGCCUGAAAUCUCACAGCCCAGUUACCCUGUCAUUUACCCUCCUGCUGCCUACUUCUCCCCAUUCUUCCCAUUCUCUUUGCCUUUGUGGCCGGGAUACAGCGGGGAGCCUGUCAAAACUGAGGAGGCCCAUGAGGUAGUCAAGCCGACUGCAGUCCACUCCAAGAGCCCAAUCAAUGUGGAUGAGCUGAUCGGCAUGUCGAAGCUUAGUCUAGGGGAGUCAAUCGGAAACAGUGGUCAGUCAUCCCUCUCGCUGAAGCUGCUCGAGGGGUCCACCAGGCAGUCAGCUUUCCAUGCCAAUACGACCUCGGGCGGCUCGACAAGUGGCAGCAGCCCUGUUCAGGCAGUUUGAAGGCGGGGGGAGGGGUGGUUCUGUCCCGACUUAGUGUCAAUAGAACGAAUGACUAAAUAAUGUGCAGUUAUCGGUUGGGUUUUAGUUGGCGUCCUUUUCUUUGUGGGCCUCUUUUCACCUUAAUAACUUUGGUUUCUUUAUAAGUAGCGAUCAACUCAGAAAACUGCUCCUUAGAUUUGUAGAAGGUGGCCGCUUUGUCAGGAAAUUUAUUUGAAUCUUCAUUAUUGUCUAUUUCUUGUGCUGGGAAAUUCAUGAUUCUUGGUUUUAUGAUUA